CUGACGUUCCAGGCCGUCAAUCGGCGUCAGCGUCUCCGGGGGAAGCGUGCGGUGACGUAGGGGGCAGCGGCAAGAUGGUGCGCGCGGCCUCCGUCAGCAGGCUCUGGCGGCGGCUGUUGCUCACAGCCCGAUCUGUGAAGUCUCAUUCAUGGCGAUGGAACAGCAUCUCUGCAAGAGAGAGAGCAACACAUUAUGUUGUUGGAGAGAAAAUUCACGGGUUCACCAUAAACCAGGUAACAGCUGUUCCUGAUCUUUUCCUGACAGCAGUCAAACUUAGUGACGAUAAUACAGGAGCUCAGUAUUUGCAUGUGGCAAGGGAUGAUCCAAACAACCUGUUCAGUGUGCAACUCCGUACCACGCCACUCAACAGCACAGGUGUUCCACAUAUUCUAGAACAUGUAGUACUUUGUGGCUCUGAAAAAUAUCAAAUUAGAGAUCCUUUCUUCAAAAUGUUGACCCGAUCCCUUUCUACUUUCAUGAAUGCCUUCACAGCAAGUGACUACACAAUGUAUCCAUUUUCCACCCAAAACUCCAAGGAUUUUCAGAAUCUUCUCUCUGUUUACCUUGAUGCUGUCUUCUUUCCUUGCCUAAGAGAAUUGGACUUCUGGCAAGAAGGAUGGAGGCUGGAACACGAUACCCCUGGUGAUCAAUCAUCUCCACUUGUCUUUAAAGGAGUUGUGUUCAAUGAAAUGAAAGGCGUAUUUGCAAACAACGAGAAUCUCUAUGCUCAGCAUGUACAAAACAAGCUUCUACCUGAUCAUACCUACUCGGUGAUAUCUGGAGGUGACCCUUUGCAAAUCCCCAAGCUUGCAUGGGAAGAAUUAAAGCGCUUCCAUGCCACACAUUACCAUCCUAGUAAUGCAAGGUUCUUUACCUAUGGUGACUUGCCCCUGGAACAACACCUCAAACAAAUCCAGGAAGAAGCGCUUUGCAAAUUCCAAAGAAUUAAUCCCGGCACUUCAGUUCCCACACAGCCACGCUGGAGUGAACCAAGGGAGUAUCACGUUCCUUGUGGGUCAGACUCGAUGGCUCCCGAUCCUACUAAGCAAACCACAUACAGUGUCAGCUACUUGUUGGGCGACAUUACCGAUACCUAUGAAACAUUCAUCCUCAGUCUUCUAUCAUCUUUGCUGGUUUCUGGACCCAAUUCUCCAUUUUACAAAGCAUUGAUUGAUGCCAGGAUUGGCACAGACUUUGCUCCUGUUGUUGGAUACGAUGGGAGCACAAGAGAGGCUUGCUUUAGUAUUGGGCUACAAGGCAUUGCAGAACAAGACGUCAAAUCAGUGAAACAGAUCAUCGAGAAAGUAAUUGACGAAGUAAUUGAGAAAGGAUUUGAGGAAGUGAGAAUAGAAGCACUCCUUCACAAGAUUGAAAUUCAGUUGAAACACCAGACUACCAAUUUUGGCCUUGCAUUGGCAUCAUAUGUUGCAACAAACUGGAAUCAUGAUGGGGAUCCUGUCGAGGUGUUGCAGAUUGGUGAAAAGGUGACUAGGUUCAGGCAAUCCCUGAAAGAAAAUCCUCAAUUCUUGCAGGAUAAAGUUAGAUACUAUUUCAAGGAAAACCCUCAUCAGCUGGCCUUGUCAAUGAGUCCAGAUGAAGGUUAUUUGGAAAACCAAGGCAAUGCGGAAAAAAGAACACUACAAGAGAAGGUCAACUCCCUCUCUACAGAAGAAAAGAAAGAAAUCUAUGAAAAAGGCCUGGAGCUGAUAGCUGCACAGAGCACACCUCAAGAUGUGUCCUGUCUGCCAGCACUUAAAAUUUCUGAUAUUCCACAAACAUUUCCUUUAACGUCAGUCGAGAUGGAUUAUGUAGGUGGAGAGGUGCCUAUUCAGUACUGUGGGCAGCCAACCAAUGGCAUUGUUUACUUCAGGGCUUUCACCAGCCUUAAUACUCUACCAGAUGAGCUGAAGCCAUAUGUACCACUAUUCUGCAGUGUGAUUACAAGAAUAGGCUGUGGGAAUCUAAAUUAUAGAGAGCAGGCACAACAGAUUGAGUUGAAGACUGGAGGAUUGUCUGCCUCACCUAAGAUUCUCCAAGAUAAUGAAAAUUUGGAUAUGUAUGAACAGGGAGUGUUGUUUACGUCUCUAUGUUUGGAUAGAAAUCUGCCUGAUAUGAUGCAACUUUGGGCAGACACCUUCAACAGCCCGCAUUUUGACGACGAGGAACAUUUCAAAGUAUUGGUCAUGAUGGCCGCACAGGAGCUGUCCAAUGGGAUUCCAGACACAGGGCAUCAAUAUGCAGCAGUUCGGGCUGGCAAGACACUGACCCCAGCGGGAAAACUACAAGAGAUAUUUAAUGGGUUAAGCCAGGUGCACCACAUGAAGAGAAUUGCUGAGAUGCCUGAACUUUUGACUGUUCUCCGCAAACUGCCACGUAUUAAGAUGCACUUAAUGAGCAGUGAGAAUAUGAGAUGUGCAGUGAAUGCCACUCCACAAGAAAUUCCUGAAGUGUCAAAGGAAGUUGAAAAGUUCUUAAGAAACAUUCCUGGAUUAGGAAAGAAAAAGAAAGAAAGGAAACUCAUCCGUUCUAAUAUUAUUGAGAAACCACUCAAUCCCGAAGAAGUUGGGGGUGAUGUGCCUGGAGGUUCAAGAGUUUCAAGGAAGCUUGUGUUUGAACCUGGCUUCAAAGCUUGUCAAAUGAAGACACACUUCCAGCUUCCAUUCCCUGUGAAUUACGUUAGUGAAUGUAUACGCACAGUUUCCUACACAAAUCCUGACUUUGCCAGACUUUCUGUUCUUGCACGGCUGAUUACUUCUAAAUUCCUCCACCGUGAAAUCCGAGAGAAAGGUGGCGCGUAUGGAGGUGGUGCCAACUUAAGCAACAGCGGUCUAUUUUCAUUCUAUUCUUACAGAGAUCCUAAUUCUCUCAAUACAAUGUCAGUAUUUAGACGAAGCAUUGCUUGGGCCAGAGCAGGAAAAUUUACACAAGAAGAUAUCGAUGAAGCCAAAUUAUCCGUCUUUUCAGCUGUGGAUACCCCCAUAGCACCAUCAGACAAGGGAUUAGAUCGUUUUCUCUAUAGUAUCUCGGAUGACAUGAAGCUGAAACGCAGGGAGCAGCUUUUUGAAGUUGACCAUGAUGGCUUGAUAGAAGUAACCAACAAAUAUUUGAUAGCUGGACAAAGCACAAGUGGGGCUGCAAUUUUAGGGCCUGAAAGUGAUUCUAUCAAACGAGAUCCAAGUUGGGUGCAGAGGUAAUAAAGGAUAAGAGGACAAAUGCCAAGGAUCUUAUCACUUCCCCAAAGUAACACAGGAUCAAGGUGGAUUCCACUGAAAUAUUGAUGUUUACUUGCACCUAAUUCUGAAGGAGAUGAAUGUGGAAACAGCAAUGUUCUUGAUCCAAAGACUAGGUUCUCAGAUUUUGCGAAUGGCACAAUUCAGUGGAGUUCCUUGUUACCUCAAUUUUAAGUUUGCAGCUGCUACAACAGAGUAAAUAUGGAUUCCUAAUGCUUGUUAAAAUUCAAGGCAAGUAACGUAUCCAGCUCUUGGAGGAGAAAAAAAUGAUUUUGAGGAAAAAUCAUGCUGAAUGUUUUCUCUACAAUUAUGUGAAAUAUUGUUAAUUCUGUUACGAUGUGAUUUGCCAGCAGAAAUACAAUUCUUUCCAACCUA